AUGGAAGAAGAUAAUGAGAAGUUUGAUGCAAUUUUGCUGAACUUGGCGCAGGGUAUGAACGGUGGUGUUCCCCAGUUAUUCGACGUGCUUUUCAGUCUGUUAGCGAGAAAGACUGAUUUCUACACCGGUAAAGGGCCGGAGUUUGCCGAACAGGUAGCCAUGGAGGUUGCUGCGAAACUGGCUGAAAAAAAUAAGGAAGAAGCUAAGCGAUUAGCCCAGAAGCGUGCUAAGCAAAGCAGAGACGAGGUCCAACCGGCCGCUGAUUCCAACGAGCCAAAGAUCAAAGAGUUGACGGAUGAAGAAGCGGAGGAAUUGGAGCGGAAACUGAAGGCUAAGGAACCUCUUGUAAAAGUCAAGCAGAACCAGGAAGAUGCAGAUGAAGAAGGCAAAGGUAUGACCCCAAACGCUGGAAAUGGAGCCGAUUUGCCGAAUUACCAAUGGACUCAGACAUUAGGAGAAGUUGAGCUUAGGGUUCCGUUUAAUGUCAACUUCGCGAUCAAGCCUAAAGACUUAAUCGUUGAAAUUAAACAGAAGCAUCUGAAAGUUGGCUUGAAAGGGCAUCCGCCUGUUAUCGACGACGAACUGUAUAAGAAGAUCAAAGUUGAGGAAUCAAUGUGGACCGUGGAAGACCGCAAAGUGGCGGUGAUCACAUUUGAUAAGGUGCAUAAGAUGGAGUGGUGGUCGAAGUUGGUGAUGACUGAUCCAGAAAUAAACACACGGAAAGUGCAACCUGAAAAUUCCAAGCUCUCUGAUCUCGAAGGCGAAACUCGGGCAAUGGUCGAAAAAAUGAUGUACGAUCAACGGCAAAAGGAACUUGGUCUUCCGACGUCCGAAGAGCAAAAGAAGAAGGACGUUUUGAAAAAGUUUAUGGAAGCUCAUCCGGAGAUGGACUUUUCGAAAGCGAAGUUUAGCUGA